AUUUAAAGCACCAUAUAACAGCACAAAUUGGUACUCCCCCCCUUCCUAGCUAUAUACCUUUUUCUCUAAAGCUAUGAAUCCCUCAGCAACAAAAAGUGGCCGUGACCAAAUGGAUCCAAAAGAAUGUGACACCAUAGCUCCGGCCGGAACCAAAUACCCUUCCUCCCGCCAAACUCCUUCAUUCUCUUCUUCUUCCUCACUCUCAUCGUCAUCAUCUUCACUCGGAUCUUCGUAUUUUCCCGAUGAUUCGCCUCGCAGCCCUGCUACUCCUCUCCGAUUCAAGGGUGUACCAUUUUCCUGGGAACAGUUACCCGGGAUUCCCAAGAAGCUACAAAGUCACAAGAAGAAAGAGUCCAUAAAGCUGCUGCCAUUGCCUCCCCCUGCCACUUCACCAACCUCCAAAAAGUUCAAUUUCGAAGACAUGUUAACCCGGAAGAAAGCAUCCUCUGCCGCUUCUGAGAGUUUCCGAAAGGACCCAUUUUUUGCAGCGUUGGUUGAGUGUUCCAAGGAUGAUCAUGAUCACGAUCAAGAAUCUGCAAGCAGUUUCUGGACUGGAGCUAAGGUAACAAGGAGUAUCAGUGACAGGUUCGGGUUUAUUAACCUUUACGCUUCUUGUAAAAAAACUUGUGCAGUUUCAGAAUCAAUAGUCUAUCUUCCAAGGUCUAGCAGAACAGCGAACUAUGGCCUAAUCAAUCGUCGUUCUCGUUUGAAUUGAUGUAAUACCAAUUAUCAGAAAACUGGGAUUUCUCUUUCUUUCUUUCUUCUUUUUUUUUUUUUAUCUUGCUCUUUUCUUGUUUGCAUAUGAGGACAAGGCUUGAUGUCUUGGAAGACUGAUCAGCCAUUUGUAAUAUAAUAUUGAAUAGAAAGCUGAAAUGCUAGCCAUGGCUUUGCUUUUAAUGAAUGAAUUUGCCCCCUGUUUGAUCA